AUGAAGUCAAAGGAGGACAUAGAGCUAGAAGAUCUGCCAAAAUCUCCCGGCGGGAGUUCAGCAACACUUUUCCUGUCUGAAGGGGAGAAAGCCAUCCUUCACAGACAGAUACAUGCACCAGAGUCGCAUGUAGGCUUCUUUGGUAUAUACCGAUAUGCUUCGCGAUGGGACAUUGUCAUCCUGCUCGUCAGCUCGGCCUGCGCCAUCAUAGGCGGUGCCGCUCUACCUCUAUUCACUGUCCUCUUUGGCAACUUGACCUCAACCUUUCAAGAUAUUGUCAGCAGACAAAUCACCUACGCGCACUUCCACCAUGAACUCACCAAGUACGUCGUCUACUUUGUCUACCUGGCCAUCGGGGAGUUCACUACCAUCUACCUCGCCACUGUCGGCUUCAUCUACACCGGCGACCACAUUGUGCAGCAGAUCCGCGUCGAGUACAUGCGCGCCAUCCUACGACAGAACAUCGCCUUCUUCGAUACGCUUGGCGCGGGAGAAAUCACGACCAGAAUCACCGCCGACACGAACCUCAUCCAAGACGGAAUCUCCGAAAAGGUCGGUCUGGCGUUAACCGGACUGUCAACGUUCGUCACGGCGUUCAUCAUCGCAUAUAUCAAGAGCUGGAAGCUGGCGCUAAUCUGCAGCGCCACGCUGGUCGCAUUGCUGUUAAUCAUGGGCGGCUGCUCCACAGCCAUGCUCGGCUUCAACAAGCGCGCGCUGGCUUCUCAAGGCCAAGGCGCCAGCUUAGCAGAGGAUAUUCUCGAUUCCAUCCGAACGGUGGUCGCAUUCGACGCACAGGAGACGCUAGCAGCGAAAUACGAGAAACAUCUUAAAGAUGCAGAGCGGCCGGGGAUGAGGGCGCAGAUGAUCUUUGGGCUGAUGGUUGGAGCCCUGCUCUGUGUCAUGUACCUCAACUACGGGCUGGGAUUCUGGAUGGGAUCGCGCUUCUUGGUCGACGACGGCAAUGUCAAAGCCGGAGAUGUGUUGACUAUCCUUAUGGCGAUCAUUCUGGGAUCGUACAAUCUGGGCAAUAUUGCGCCCAACACCCAGGCACUAUCCACUGCAGUGGCGGCCGCAACCAAGCUGUACAGCACCAUUGAUCGGCAGUCUCCUUUAGACGCGUCGCUGGACAAAGGAAUUACCCUGGGCCACGUCCGGGGAAACAUCGUUCUGCAGAGUAUCCGUCACGUCUACCCCUCUCGCCCGGAGGUCAUCGUCGCGCACGACCUGAGCGUCGAUAUCCCGGCCGGCAAAACAACUGCCUUUGUCGGGCCGUCUGGAUCCGGCAAAAGCACCAUCAUAGGGCUCAUCGAGCGCUUCUAUAACCCUGUAGCGGGGAACAUCUGGCUCGACGGACACGAUAUCGAGCAUUUGAAUCUGCGCUGGCUCCGCCAGCAGAUGUCCCUCGUCUCGCAGGAACCACGGCUCUUCGCCGCCACCAUAGCAGAGAAUAUCCGCGUCGGGCUCAUUGGCUCGCAGCACGAACAUGAUCCUCCUCAGCUAAUUCAGAAGAGGAUUGAAGACGCGGCCCGCAUGGCGAACGCGCACGAUUUCAUCAUGGCGCUGCCGGACGGGUACGAGACCAACAUCGCCGGUUUCUCCCUAUCCGGGGGCCAGAAGCAGAGGAUCGCGAUUGCGAGGGCGAUCGUCAAAGACCCCAAGAUCUUGCUGCUGGACGAGGCGACCUCGGCUCUGGAUACGAAAUCCGAGGGCCUGGUGCAGGCGGCUCUGGACAAGGCGUCGCAGGGCCGGACCACGGUGGUCAUUGCGCACCGGCUGUCCACCAUCAAAGGAGCGCAUAAUAUUGUCGUCUUGAACAACGGAUGCAUCGUCGAGCAGGGCUCGCAUGACCGUCUCAUGGACAGAAAGGGCGUCUACUACGGAAUGGUCAAGGCGCAGCAGAUCAAGAAGCGGCUCACGCGCAUGAGCCUAAUGCCUCGAAGCCCGAUGAAGACUUUUUUUUUUGACAUGGACUAUCCCACUGACGAUAACAUCUCGGAGUAUGAGCACCAGGACGACGCAUCUGAUGUUGGGCUGAAGACAGGAGAGAAGCUGAAACAGCGGAUGUCGAGGAUGUCAAUAUCCGCGCUGCCGGUGCACCUGCAGAGAGCUAAAGAGGUGUCCUACUCACUCUGGACUCUGUUUAAAUUCCUCGCCUCGUUCAAUCGCCCCGAAUGGCCGCUUCUCGGGCUAGGAUUGGGCGCAUCAAUUCUAGCCGGAGGCAUCCAGCCCUCGCAGGCCGUCCUCUUCGCCAAAGCAGUUAGCACGCUGAGCCUUCCACCCUGGGAAUAUCCCAAGCUACGCCACGACGCCAGCUUCUGGUCGCUCAUGUUCCUGAUGCUCGGCCUGAUUACAUUCCUCCUCUAUGCCUGCCAAGGGAGUCUAUUCGCCUACUGCUCUGAGAAAAUGGUCUACCGUGCCCGCAGCCAGGCCUUCCGCGUAAUGCUCCAUCAGGACAUUGCUUUCUUCGACGAGCCGGAGCACACCACGGGUGCGUUAACAGCCACGCUAAGCGCAGAAACAAAGCAACUGGCUGGAAUCAGCGGCGUCACGCUUGGCACUCUGCUCAUUGUCUCGGUGAAUCUGGUCGCCUCGCUGGGCAUAGCACUAGUCAUGGGUUGGGAGCUCGCGCUGGUCUGCAUCUCCGCCGUGCCUGUGCUCCUCCUCUGCGGCUUCAUCCGCGUCUGGAUGCUGGAUAAGUUCCAGCGACGCGCGAAGGCGGCGUAUCAGCAAUCUGCCAGCUCGGCCUGCGAGGCGGCCUCGGCGAUUCGCACAGUCGCCUCGUUGACGAUGGAGGGCGAGGUCUUGCAAUCGUAUCAGACCCAGCUGCAGCACCAGCUCAAGCGGGAUAUCCUCCCUAUCGUCAAAUCGUCGUUGCUGUAUGCCAGCUCCCAGGCCCUGCCGUUCCUGUGCAUGGCGCUGGGAUUCUGGUACGGCGGGACGCUACUCGGACACGGGGAGUACUCCCUUUUCCAGUUCUAUGUGUGUUUCAGCGAGGUGAUCUUCGGCGCACAGGCGGCUGGUACCGUUUUCUCGCAUGCGCCGGAUAUGGGCAAAGCGAAGCACGCCGCAGGGGAAUUCAAGCGUCUUUUCAGCGGCGAGACCAUGAAGUCGAAGUCCGGUGCUGCACGCCAGAAAUACCAGCCGGAUAUUCGCGGGCUGAUUGAAUUCCGUGAUGUCUCCUUCCGGUAUCCGAGCCGGUUGGAUCAACCGAUUCUACGCAGACUGAAUCUAAGUGUCAAACCCGGCCAGUUCGUCGCCCUGGUUGGCGCCAGCGGGAGCGGAAAGAGCACGAUCAUCUCGCUACUGGAAAGGUUCUACAACCCCAUGACAGGAGGAAUCUACAUCGGCGGUAGAAACAUUGCGGCAUGGGAUCUAACCUCGUAUCGAAGCCAUCUGGCGCUGGUCAGCCAGGAACCGGCUCUAUUCCAGGGGACGAUCCGCGAGAAUAUCCUCCUGGGGAGUACCAGGCCGUACACCAGUGAAAACGACCUGAUCAACGCGUGCAAAGACGCAAAUAUCUACGAUUUUAUCAUUUCUCUUCCACAAGGCUUCGAGACCAUCGUCGGCACAAAAGGGGGCAUGCUCUCCGGAGGCCAGAAACAGCGCAUCGCCAUUGCGCGUGCCCUUAUCCGCGAUCCGCGGAUCUUACUGCUAGAUGAAGCAACCUCCGCGCUGGACUCGGAGUCUGAGAAGGUAGUGCAGGCUGCUUUGGAUGCGGCGGCACAGGGCCGGACGACCAUUGCCGUGGCGCAUCGGUUGAGUACCAUUCAACGGGCGGAUGUGAUCUACGUGCUGGAUCAGGGGGAGGUCGUCGAGUCAGGAACGCACGACGCCCUGCUUCGGAAGAGAGGUCGGUAUUUCGAGUUGGUCAAUCUGCAGAAUCUGGCAUGA